AAAUUGCCGGGUAAAACUACGAAAAGCACGUGGCUUUGAAAAAUUCUUAUUCGUAAGUUGAUAAGUAGCGCAUUGAAACAAUAGUUGCAUCAUUAGUACAGUUGAGAUUACCAAGCAACACACCUAUAUAUGGCCUAUGUAUGAAAAGGGAUAAGCAUUUCGAUUAUGAAUACUGAUAAACCUAACCAAGCUAGCACUCAUUCAAAACGUUCACGUAAUUUCAGCAUGCAAUCGGAAUAUUGCCCUUUGUGUUCAAAAAAUGGAGCUAAAGUUCGUGUCAGGGCUUAUCAGCUUAAUCUGGAGGAGGCUGUGUUCAUGUGCUCUACAAAAGAGUGUACAUGGCCAGUUGGAUACCAUGAACUCUUAUUUAUGGAUAGGCUCUUGGGCAAGCACUCAACAAAUAAUUGGCCUGAGGUAGCUGAUAAGUUUUUAGCAGAACAUUUUAAGAAACAAUGUGAUUCUCUAUCAGAACUGUCAGCAUAUACACCACCACAAACACCAGGCAACUCAAAAGAUACUAUCCAUGAUGCUACCACUGGUACGGUAGGUCCUUCAUCCUUAUCUAUGGUCAAAGAAAUUGAUACUUUGGAGCAGCAACCAUCUACCAGUAAAAGUAUAUCUUCUUUUGAGAUACCAGUUAUUGAUCUAAGUAGUAAUAAUAUAUUUGAUGGCAAAAAUACACCAUUUGAUAUUCCAAUUAUUGAUUGUACUCAUUACAAUACAUCAAUAUUUGAUGACAAAACUGUUAGUUUAGAAUCAAUGUCAGGUUUAAAGUCUGAUUUAUUAAAUACAAAAAAUGAUAAUGUUAUGGAAACAUUUUCUAGAAAUGACAUAUCACUAGGUGAUACUUUUGCAAAGGUUUCAGCAGUUAAUAAGUCUAUAGUUAUUAAGAAUGAAAAACCAAGCUUUGUGCCUGAAAGGAGUGUUAUAAGUGACAAUGUACAGCAUAAAAAAUUUCGAAUAAUAGGCAAACAAAAGUCUAAGUCAUUUAAUUAUAAGAAACAGUUUGAUAUCUUUGAUGAUAUAAAGAAAGCUAAAAGUACAAAUGAGCAAUGCAAAGCUAAAAUUACCAUAAAAAAACAAAUAGAUUUAGAUAAAAUGAAGCCAAAUGAAAUAAGAGAUAUAUUGUUUGUAAAUAGUAAAUCAAAAACUAAUAAUUUAGGUAGUGCAUGCAAACUAGAAUCUACUGAAAAUAGUGUUAUUAAACUGGAACCUAUAAAACAAGUGAUUAAAAUGGACAAAACAGUAUAUAAAUCCGAUGUCAAUAGCCAAAUAGAAGUAGAGAAAAACAAAUCUGAUACAAGUAGUCAGAUUGAAACUUCAAAUGAAGACUAUAAUGUUAAAGUUGAAAAUGUUGCAUUGGAAUUGUUAAAGAAAGAAUCUAGCGACAAUUUGUAUGCUCAAUAUGAUAUUAGUACAAUGAUUGAUACUUCUACAGAGUUAGAAUCUGAGAGAAUGUGGUCCAGAGAUCACCAUAAUUUAGAUAGUUUGUUGGAAAUGUUAGAAGAUAGAACAGCCGAAGACAACUUGAUGACUACUGAUAAUAUAUCGAGUGCUACUACAUCUCUUACGAAUGAUACAUUGAAAAAUAAAAAAAUUGAUAACGAUGUAUCAAAUGACCUUAAUAUAGAGGUUGAUUCCAUUAUUGAUAAUUUGAUGACUACCGAUAAUACAUUGAGUGCUACUGCAUCUAUUUCGAAUGAUACAUUGCAGAGUGAACAGUUGGAAAAUAAAACAAUUGCUAAUGACGUUUCAAAUGACCUCAAAAUAGAGGUUGAUUCUAUUAUUGACGACGACACUCUGCAGUGUACCAUUGAAGACACAGACGAUUCGUUCUUCACCUCUCUUUUUUCUCCUCCAAUGAAACAGUAAGUUUCAUAGCUAGAAACAAUGUAAUUCUUAUUUUUCUACACUUAAAAUGUGAUACUUAAAGACUUGAUAGUCAUAAGAAUAGCGAUUUUUUUAGUUUUGUACAAGAAUUCAUUUAGCGACGAAAAAAAAUUUUUCUUUUCAUGACUACAGAGUUUAUUUUUCGAAAGAAGACGAAGUUUUAGAAUAAUUUUAAGGAAUUUGAAUGAAUCUAUAUAGAUUUAAGUCGAUUGCAUGCAAUUUAUCGUAGAAAAGCAUAUUUAUAAUAUUUUUUUUACUUACAUCACAUAUAAUAAGAAUAUUUUUGUUUAACUCGUUGACGAAUGACAUCUGUGCAGACCAAGUACAUUCGAUGUCUCCAAGAGAACAGUCAACAAAUUGUACGUUUGCUUUGGAUAAAAGCUUUUUCAUUCGCGUAAAAGUCAUAUUCAUAAAGCUUUUGAUAGAUCUGUUCACAUUGGAGAUAUGUCAUACGUUGAUUUAUGCAUGAAAAUCGUCUUUACGACCAUAAAAAGCUUUAUUUAAUAUUUGAAAAAGUAUUUGUUGCAUGUCGUUGAUAUAACGCUAAACCGCAGGGCAAUUAUAAUGUGCGUCUAGAACGGAUGAAAAGCGACGAAUCGUUGCAUCCCAUGGAAGCUCAAUCGUUUGUUCUACAUUGACUUAAAAAUAAUAAAAAGUUAUUUAGAUUUAUUGAUGUAUAAAUUAUAGUUGUUCUUUACGGCUGCAACAGGUUUAUUUGAAUUUGCCAAGAAGUGUGUAAUAUUGUGCAGCCCACAUCGUAUGUUUGUGCGA